AUGUCCUCGCUGAGCAGAGAGCUCGUUUUCUUGAUACUUCAGUUUCUUGAUGAGGAAAAAUUCAAGGAAACUGUCCACAAGUUGGAGAAGGAGUCAGGGUUUUUCUUCAACAUGAGGUACUUUGAGGAUGCAGUGACAAAUGGAGAAUGGGAGGAAGUGGAAAAGUAUUUGUCAGGGUUUAUAAAGGUUGACGACAACCGUUACUCCAUGAAGGUUUUCUUCGAGAUCCGAAAGCAGAAGUAUCUUGAAGCCCUUGACAAGGGCGAUCAUGCUAAAGCAGUGGAGAUUCUUACGAAGGGUUUGAAAGUGUUUUCGUCUUUCAACGAGGACCUCUUCAAUGAAAUGACAAUGCUUCUGACGUUGCAGAAUUUUAGGGAGAACGAACAGCUUUCUAAGUAUGGAGAUACCAAGUCGGCUCGGGCUAUAAUGCUUAUUGAGCUGAAAAAGUUGAUAGAGGCAAAUCCUCUCUUUCGUGAUAAACUCCAGUUUCCCACCUUUAGGAACUCAAGAUUGCGUACACUGAUCAACCAAAGUUUAAACUGGCAGCACCAAAUCUGCAAGAAUCCAAGGCCUAAUCCUGAUAUAAAAACCCUAUUCGUGGACCAUAGUUGUGGACAACCUAAUGGCGCUCAUGCACCAUCCCCUAAUCCCCUGAUGGGUUCCGUCCCUAAAGUUGGGGGAUUCCCGUCAAUUGGUGGUCCUGGACUAUUCCAGCAUGGUCCUACAACUUUAACGGGAUCACUUGCAGGGUGGAUGGCGAAUCUAUCUCCUGUGCCUCACCAAGCUGUUUCUGCUGGGCCCAUGGGCUUGACUCCUAAUGAUGCUGAUUCCGAACAUGUGCUGAAGAGAUCAAAACCUUUUGGAGUAUCAGAGGAGGUCAACAAUUUGCCUGUUAACAUAUUGCCAGUCACAUAUCCUGGACAAAGUCAUCCUCAUACCUCAGAGUCUGCUGAUGAUGUACCCAAGAUUCUGGUGGCAAAUCUGAAUCAGGGAUCUGCUGUGAAGAGCAUGGAUUUCCAUCCAAAUCAACAAACUCUACUACUUGUGGGAACAAAUAUUGGUGACAUUACUAUAUGGGAAGUGAGUAGAAGGGAGAAGGUAGCAUUUAAAAAUUUCAAGGUUUGGGACCUUGGAGCUUGCUCAAUGACUCUGCAGGCUUCUUUGGCUAAUGAAUAUACUGCAUCAGUGAAUCGGGUGAUGUGGAGCUCUGAUGGAAACCUUUUCGGUGUUGCAUAUUCGAAGCACAUUGUUCACUUGUAUGCUUAUAAUGGCGCUGAUGAAUUAAGAAAUCACCUUGAGAUUGAUGCCCAUGUUGGUAGUGUCAAUGAUGUUGCGUUCUCUCAUCCAAACAAGCAGUUGUGCAUCAUAACUUGUGGGGAGGACAAGGCAAUUAAGGUGUGGGAUGCAGCCACUGGUGCUAGGCAGUACACAUUUGAGGGUCACGAGGCACCUGUUUAUUCUGUAUGCCCACAUUAUAAAGAAAACAUUCAGUUCAUCUUUUCAACUGCUUUUGAUGGGAAGAUCAAGGUCUGGUUAUACGAUAAUAUGGGUUCCAGAGUUGAUUACAAUGCCCCAGGUCUCUCUUGUACUACAAUGGCCUAUAGCGCUGAUGGGACAAGGCUGUUUUCAUGUGGUACUAGCAAAGAUGGUGAAUCACACAUUGUAGAGUGGAAUGAGAGUGAAGGGGCCGUAAAGCGGACAUACCUCGGUCUUGGAAAACGGUCUGUUGGAGUGGUGCAAUUUGACACAACGAAGAAUCGAUUCUUAGCUGCUGGAGAUGAGUUUGCAAUAAAAUAUUGGGACGUGGAUAAUGUAAACCUCUUGACCACUUGUGAUGCGGAUGGUGGUCUGCCGGCAUCACCUUGCAUUAGGUUUAAUAAGGAAGGAAUGUUAUUGGCUGUAUCAACUAGUGAAAAUGGUGUUAAAGUACUUGCGAAUUCCGAAGGUAUUCUUCUGAUGCGCUUCAUGGAAAAUCGUGCAUCUGGAGCUGUUGCUAAGGUUCCUAUGGUCGUGCCAUUUUGUUCUUCUGGUUCAGCUGCAGGGACAAGCACAGCUACUUCUGUUGCUGCUCUGAACGGGGAUGGCAGGAAUUUGCCAGAUAUAAAGCCUAAAAUUUCUGAUGAUCUGGAAAAACCCAAGGUCUGGAAGUGGACUGAAAUCAGCAAACCAUCUCAGCUUCGUUCCUUGAGGCUUCCCGAUAGUUUAUUGUCAGUAAGGAUUAUUAGGUUGAUUUACACAAAUUCUGGAGAUGCUAUAUUAGCUUUAGCGUAUAAUGCUGUUCAUAAACUCUGGAAAUGGCACAGAAAUGAGAGGAAUGUUACGGGAAAGGCGACAACUGUUGAACCACCUCAACUUUGGCAACCUCCUAGUGGAAUCUUAAUGACAAACGAUAUAAGCAAUGCAAACCUCGAGGAGUCUGUCCCAUGCUUUGCACUUUCAAAAAAAGAUUCAUAUGUUAUGUCGGCAUCGGGAGGGGAAAUUUCCUUGUUCAAUAUGAUGACAUUCAAGACAAUGACGUCAUUCAUGCCGCCUCCACCGGCAUCCACAUAUAUUGCCUUUCAUCCUCUGGACAAUAAUAUUAUUGCUAUCGGCACGGAAGAUUCCUCUAUACAAAUUUACAAUGUUCGCUUUGACGAGUUCAAAAGUAAGCUCAAAGGUCAUCUGAAGAGAGUUACUGGCCUUGCUUUCUCAAACGUUCUAAAUGUUCUCGUGUCAUCGGGGGCCGAUGCUCAGCUAUGUGUUUGGAGUCUAGAUGGGUGGGAGAAAAAGGCAAGUUCAUUCUUGCAGAUUCCUCCUGGGCGUACGCCAAAUCCUAUGGCACAGACACGUGUUCAGUUUCACCAGGAUCAGACUCAGGUAUUGGUUGUUCACGAGACACAGAUAGCAAUCUACGAUGGAUGGAAACUUGGAUGCAUCGAGCAGUGGAUUCCUCCAGAAUCAAGUGCUGCAAUUGCAGAUGCUACGUAUUCAUGCAACAGCCAGUCAGUCUAUGCAAGCUUUGAAGAUGGGAGCGUGAGCGUUUUCACUGCUAUGGGACUGAAACUAAGGUGUCUGAUCAAUGCAACUGCCUAUUUGCCUUCCAGUAUGAGGACUCCUACUACUGACAAUCCAGCACUGGACUAUCAAACUGCAGAUUCCGAACAUGUGCUGAAGAGAUCAAAAACUUUCGGAGUAUCAGAGGAGGUCAACAAUUUGCCUGUUAACAUGUUGCCAGUCACAUAUCCUGGACAAAGUCAUCCUCAUGCUUCACAGUCUGCUGAUGAUGUACCCAAGACUCUGGUGGCAAAUCUGAACCAGGGAUCUGCUGUGAAGAGCAUGGAUUUCCAUCCAAAUCAACAAACUCUACUACUUGUGGGAACAAAUAUUGGUGACAUUACUAUAUGGGAAGUGAGUAGAAGGGAGAGGGUAGCAUUUAAAAAUUUCAAGGUUUGGGACCUUGGAGCUUGCUCAAUGACUCUGCGGGCUUCUUUGGCUAAUGAAUAUACUGCAUCAGUGAACCGGGUGAUGUGGAGCUCUGAUGGAAACCUUUUCGGUGUUGCAUAUUCGAAGCACAUUGUUCAUAUAUAUGCUUAUAAUGGCGCUGAUGAAUUAAGGAAUCACCUUGAGAUUGAUGCCCAUGUCGGUAGUGUCAAUGAUGUUGCAUUCUCUCAUCCAAACAAACAGUUGUGCAUCAUAACUUGUGGGGAGGACAAGGCAAUUAAGGUGUGGGAUGCAGCCACUGGUGCUAGGCAGUACACGUUUGAGGGUCACGAGGCACCUGUUUAUUCUGUAUGCCCACAUUAUAAAGAAAACAUUCAGUUCAUCUUUUCAACUGCUUUUGAUGGGAAGAUCAAUGCCUGGUUAUACGAUAAUAUGGGUUCGAGAGUUGAUUACGAUGCCCCAGGUCUCUCUUGUACUACAAUGGCCUAUAGUGCUGAUGGGACAAGAAGAAAUUCUGCAACCUCCGGCGGCGGUCCUAUCGGUGACUCCGCAACCUGUAACAGAACUCUUGCUGAGGUAGCUAUGGCAGCCGAGAGAAGAGCGGUAACACUGGGUGGGAAGGGCUAUUCACUGACGUCCUCUUCGGUAUUUGAGGUGGCCAAUGGCCUAGCUCGUUUUAACGUUGAAUUAUCAGCGCUUUCAAGGAUCUCAUCCUCUUCGAAUUCGAAAUCCACUACUACCACCAAGUUUGCAUUAUCAAUUCCUGACUAUUUGAGCGCAGAAGAGGCUAGGGCUUCAAUACUUCUUCUCCUAAAUAAGCUUCUUCUUUCCUUGUCUCCGGUAGCAUUUCAGUUGCAGGAUAUACUCAAGGAAACGUCCCUUAAUCCUAACUAUACAAUUGACAAUGUGCCCAUUGAUGACGUGGCUCUCUUGGAUUAUUCAAUGGCUGCUAUUGAUGGCAUUUCCGCGAUUCUUGAUCACCGGUCUACUGCAUUGUCGGCUGUUGCUGAUGCAGUGGCUGCCCUUUCCUGCGAGGCCCUGAGAGCUGACACGUCUUGUUUCAAUUUGAUAGACUCUGGUGAUGGUUCUUCUUCCAAGGACGAUGUGGCUGUUGCAUCUGACUUGAAGGUGUUUCUCAAUGGGUCUAAAUUGGUUAACUCCAGCAAGAAUCUUGUAGAUCCUGCCGUGGCCAAGAUUACCAGCGCCCAUGGUAGUUUCAGGGAGAGCGUACGAUGGCUCCAUUCCAGAUCUCGGGUUCAGUUAAAUUCGGGUUCCAGAGCUUGCCCUUCUGGCACUGCAGAUGCCAUGUCCCCUGUUCUGUUAUCAUUGGCUUGGGCUCUCUGGAAUUUGGGGGAUCUCAGUUUUCAACGAGCCAAGCUUGUUGGCAACUCAAUAUCUCGUGUUGAAUUGAGUUCCUGUAUGAUGGAAAUGCUGGAUGCCAAUUGCCCCCAUGUUGAUUCUCUUGAAAAUUUGUACAUGUCUGCACAAACUGCUCUUUCCAAGAAGGAUUAUGUAUUGUUUUUGCAUGAAAUUUAUGGCUUAUCAGACUUGUUUAGAAAGAUUAUCUCUUGGGAGGCCACGGCUGCAUUCAUUUCACUUGAGGGAAGUGACCUGAUUGAGAAAAGCCAAGUCAACAAUGGGGGCGAGAAGGUGCCUUCAAGUGAAAAUAAUGCAAAAACAGAUAAGAAAGGUGAAAAGAAAAAGAAGGUGGUUCUGGGAAAAGGAACUGCUGCUCUCAUGCAAUUCAUUAAGAGCAGGUUGCUGAGCGAAGCAUCUGAACCAGACUCUAUUAGUGCUUCCGCUGUACUGGUGAAAUGCUCCCAAAACUUCCUCUCGAUAUUGGAUCCCAGAGACCUGGGAUUUGACUGUCUGGUAAAGAAAGUGAAAGAGAUAAUAGAAAGCAAUGAAAGUCGAAGACUUCCAAAGCUCCCAAAGGGUACUCGCGACUUUGCAAAAGAACAGAUGGCCAUAAGAGAGAAAGCCUUCUCGAUUAUAGUUGACGUUUUCAAAAGGCAUGGUGCCAGGGCUCUAGAUACCCCUGCCUUUGAAUUGAGAGAGACUCUUAUGGGAAAGUAUGGUGAAGACUCAAAGUUGAUCUAUGACCUCGCUGAUCAGGGUGGAGAACUUUGUUCACUUCGCUAUGAUCUUACAGUUCCAUUUGCUAGAUAUGUGGCUAUGAAUGGCCUGACAUCAUUCAAAAGGUAUCAGAUAGCAAAGGUGUACCGAAGGGAUAACCCAUCUAAGGGGAGAUACCGUGAAUUCUAUCAAUGCGAUUUUGAUAUCGCUGGUCAGUUUGAAAAAAUGGGGCCAGAUUUUGAGGUCAUUAAGAUUUUGACGGAGUUGCUUAAUGAACUAGAUAUUGGGGAUUAUGAGGUGAAGCUGAAUCACAGGAAGCUACUUGAUGGAAUGCUGGCUUUAUGUGGGGUUCCACAAGAAAAAUAUAGAACGAUUUGUUCAAGUAUCGACAAGUUAGACAAGCAAACGUUUGAACAGAUAAAAAAGGAAAUGGUGGAAGAGAAGGGUUUGACUGAGGACAUAGCAGAUAAAAUUGGAACUUUUGUUGGACAAAGGGGAGCCCCUGUGGAAUUAUUGUCUAAGCUAAAACAAGAAGGCAGUAAGUUCUUGGAGAACAGUGAGUCUGAGCUUGCAUUGAAUGAGCUGGAGAUUUUGUUCAAAUCUUUGGAGAAGUCAAAGUGUAUCGACAAAGUGGUUUUUGACUUGAGUCUUGCAAGAGGUCUCGAUUACUAUACUGGAGUCAUAUUCGAAGCUGUUUUUAAAGGGGCUGCUCAGGUUGGCUCAAUUGCUGCUGGUGGACGUUACGACAAUCUCAUAGGGAUGUUUGGCGCAAAGCAGGUUCCUGCAGUUGGAAUCAGUUUAGGAAUAGAAAGAGUGUUCGCAAUAAUGGAGCAGCUUCAAAGAGACAAGGACCAGGAUAUUCGAGCUGCUGAAACUGAAGUCCUAGUGUGCAUUAUAGGCGAUGAAUUAUCGUUAGCUGCUGAAGUUGUAAGUGAACUUUGGGAGGCCAAGGUGAAAGCUGAGUUCAAUGUUCACAAAAGAGUGAUGAAGCACAUUGAUCGUGCCCGAGAGUCGAGGAUCCCUUGGAUGGUAAUCAUAGGAGAACGAGAACUUAAUGAAGGAGUUGUAAAGUUAAAAGAUGUCACAGCCUCUAAAGAGUAUGAAGUUCCUAGAAGUCAACUCGUAGAGGAGCUUAAAGGACGUUUGAACAACACGUUACCUUCUUAA